GGGGCGGUUCGGGCAGGCUCGGGUGUGGGCGGGCGCAGCCGCCGCCGCCUCUCGCGGGUUCCGUUAGGAGCGGCGGGCGGCCGUUCGCUGGCAGUCGGGCACCGGGAGCCGCCGACGAUGGACACCAAGAAGAAACUCACAGCCCCUCUCAUCUAUGCGGUUUCCAUUGCUGCCAUCGGAUCCCUCCAAUUUGGAUACAACACCGGUGUCAUCAAUGCCCCUGAGAAGAUCAUCCGGGGCUUUUUCAACAGAACCCUGUCAGAAAGGAGCGGGUCGGCGGCCUCCCAAGAACUACUCACCUCCCUGUGGUCACUUUCUGUGGCCAUCUUCUCAGUAGGAGGAAUGAUUGGCUCAUUCUCAGUCAGUCUCUUUGUAAACAGAUUUGGCAGGAGGAACUCCAUGCUGCUUGUGAAUGUCUUGGCCUUUGCUGGUGGCCUUCUCAUGGCCUUCUCUAAGGCAGCAGGAUCGGUGGAGAUGUUCAUCAUUGGCCGCUUUGUCAUCGGCACCUUCUGUGGCCUGUGCACCGGCUUUGUGCCCAUGUACAUCAGCGAGGUGUCGCCCACCAGUCUCCGUGGCGCCUUCGGUACCCUCAACCAGCUGGGCAUUGUUGUGGGCAUCCUGGUGGCUCAGAUCUUUGGACUAGAGGCGAUCAUGGGCACUGAAGGACUUUGGCCAAUGCUUUUGGGGUUCACAAUCCUCCCAGCAAUCAUUCAGUGUAUUGGUCUUCUGUUCUGCCCUGAAAGCCCCCGCUUCCUGUUGAUCAACAAGAUGGAGGAGGAGAAAGCCCAAGCAGUUCUCCAGAAGCUCCGUGGCGAUCGAGAUGUAUCUCAAGACAUCGAGGAGAUGAAAGAAGAAAGUGCUAAAAUGUCCCAGGAAAAGAAAGUAACUGUGCCUGAGCUCUUCCGUUCCCCAAACUACCGUCAAGCCAUUAUCAUUGCCAUCAUGCUGCAGCUCUCCCAGCAGCUCUCAGGCAUCAAUGCUGUGUUCUACUAUUCCACAGGGAUUUUUGAACGAGCUGGUAUCACACAGCCUGUCUAUGCCACCAUUGGAGCCGGUGUGGUGAACACAGUCUUCACUGUGGUGUCGCUGUUCCUGGUGGAGCGUGCUGGCCGCCGGACCCUCCAUUUAGCUGGUUUGGGUGGCAUGGCUGUGUGUGCUGCUAUUAUGACUGUGGCUUUGGCUCUGAAGGAUGUCGUGGACUGGAUCAGAUACAUCAGCAUUGUUGCCACUUUUGGCUUUGUGGCUCUUUUUGAGAUUGGCCCUGGCCCUAUCCCGUGGUUCAUUGUGGCAGAACUCUUCAGCCAGGGCCCACGACCUGCAGCUGUGGCAGUGGCUGGUUGUUCCAACUGGACCUCCAAUUUCUUGGUGGGAAUGCUCUUCCCCUAUGCCGAGAAACUAUGUGGCUCCUAUGUCUUCCUCAUCUUCCUUGUUUUCCUGGUCAUCUUCUUUGUCUUCACCUUCUUCAAAGUGCCAGAGACCAAGGGCAGGACUUUUGAAGAGAUCUCCAGAGUCUUUGAAGGACGAGGAACCGGCUCACCCCAGAAGAUGGAGAUGAACAAAGCUGCCUAAGAGCCACGAUGAUGCACCCAUUCUUUAACUCUUUCAUGCUUAAAGAGUCAUUAAAGGAAUGAGCAAAGAAAACCAUGAGAACUGGGACGUUUUUCCCCUCCUCAAUUGCUGCUAUAUUCUUCUUUUCACCCACAUGCUCGCCCAUUCUGCCAGGCUUGCCAGCAUUAAGCAAUUCUGAUAUGGGUGAUCUGCCAUACUGGAAAGCACCUGGCACUUGCAAAAAUAAUCUCAUCUUUCCUGCCACAAACAUCAGGAGAACAGAGAAGAGCUGGCAAUAUUUUUACUUUUCUCACAUAAGAUUGCCAUUUGGGGUUAACAUACUUAUGCACACAGUGACCUUUAUGUAUUUGACCCUAAUUACUAUUUUUGUAGUGAGUUGAAGUGACCCGCUAAACAAGUCCCCAGCCCUUUGAGUCUACUCUGUGUGUGUGUGUAUGGUGUUACACUGGAAUUUAGCAAGCUUACCAAAAAGCCAUCGUGCUUUUUCCUAUCCAGUGUGCACUCUUUUUAGCCUCAGGAAAAAGGGGACCAAGUCACAUGCAUAUUUUUUCCUGCUCUUUUAUUUUUUGUAUAGACAGACUGAAAGCAUACUUUACUUCAGUUUAUUUAUUUGUAUGUCACUUUGUAAAUAUUUAUUUUUUUAAUGGUGUACAAAAAUGUACAGAUAAAGAAAUUGGAGAGGUUUAAGAGAAAUAGCUAUUCUAACAAAAGAUGCUGUAGACUUGAGGUGCAAUAAGACUGUAAAGGGGAAAUGUACUAAAAGGAGAUUGAGCAUUUUAGGUGGUAUGUACAGCAGAGCCAAUUAUGCACAUCACCUUGAAGUUAUUUGUGCCCUCUGGAAAGAAAUUCGAGGAGCUCUGUACUUGUGAGAAGAGGUAUGUUUCUGCACUAAAAUCUGUUAUUAGGGAUUUUUGGUGGCUAUUUUAAAUAAUUGUUCUCAAGUGUUGAUAAGAGUGCGAUAUUGCAUCUUAAAAUGGAUUUUGUUGGAUUAUGUUUUCAGACAUGGUUUUAAGCAUUCUAUGGAUGACUGAGGGUGGUGAUUGCAAACCAGAAGGUAAUUUUUCCUGCCUUCUCUUAAUUUUAUUUCUUUUUGGCUUCUCUGUUAUAGUCUAGUACAUCAUAAGUUCUGAAACUAG